CGAGAACGCGCAGGCGGCGCUCGUGCCGUUUCAAACAUGGCCGCGUGCGUGCCGUGGAUUUCGUGACGUGGAUGGGAACCGCGGCCCGAGGAAUAAUUUCGCGCCCGUAUCGCCGAGUGCAAGCCCGCGGGACCUGCAGCCGAUAACGGCAGGCGUCGACAAUGUUCGAGAUCACAGACUUCCAGAAAAUCGGCGUCGGCCUAGCCGGAUUCGGCGUUGCCUUCCUGUUCCUGGGUGUCCUGUUGCUGUUUGACAAGGGCCUCCUUGCCUUAGGAAACAUCCUGUUCCUCACUGGCCUGGCGUUCGUCAUCGGCCUAGAGCGCACAUUUCGGUUCUUCUUCCAGAGGCACAAGAUUCGUGGCACGCUCGCGUUUUUUGGUGGCAUUGCCAUCGUCAUCUUUGGUUUUCCCCUAAUCGGAAUCAUCGUUGAAAGUUAUGGCUUCAUCCUGCUCUUCAGCGGGUUCUUCCCCGUUGUCAUCAACUUCCUCCGUAGGAUACCCUUCUUGGGCACUCUGCUCAACCUGCCAUUCAUAGGACCGUUAAUGGAUCGCCUUUCAGGAGACAAGGGCGGGUCGAUUGUGUGAGCUUUUGUUCCGGGCCCCGUGGUGGCUGCUGUCCGCACUAGGGCACGUCGCCACCCUACUCCACUCAGUUGUGUCCAAGGCGGCCGCGGGGGUCUCUCGAGCACGGGACGCAGCCGCCGGCGCAGCACGGCAGGUGCGUGACGCUGCAGCUGACAGCGCAUCAAGGGGGGCGACAGCUGCGAGGGAGGCGGCCACAUCGGCAGCUUCCACCGUAGGCGCCGGUGCCCAGGCCGUGCGGUCAGCGGCAAACCUUGGUGCUGCACGAGCAGCGAUGGUGGUGACGGAAGCACGAUCUACAGCGAGCCAAGGGUUGUCGCAAGCGGCAAUGGUGGUGGAAGGUUUGCGGUCUGCAGCGAGCAACGGCGUGGCACGAGCGGUGACGGCAGUAUGGUCGGCAGCGAGCUUCAGUGCAGGUGCGGUGCAAGCAGCGAAGACUGCUACAUCUGCAGCAGCCAUUGGUGUUGCCGGAGCUGCAACAUCUGCAAAGGCUGGAGCUGAGAGGGCACUGGCUCAAGUCGCCCGGUCUGCCCACUCCGUUGCAUCCAUCAGAGCCACAGAAGCAGCACAGGCAGCGCGUUCCGCUGCUGGUAUUGGCACUGCAACAGCAGUCCGCGCCGUCAGCUCUGCGGCGGAACUUGGCACUGCGCGAGCAGUGCAAGUCUUGGAUGCCGUGCAAAAGCACAGAGCUAACCAGAAGCCUGCAGACGACCUAGAAGCCGGCCGCCGCAAGGGCCCAUCGCCUGACCGAAGCAGCCAACGAUCGAGCAAGAAGCCAAAGAACAGCUCGGCUGAAGGAAAUCGUGAGCGCAAAAGCAAGAGCCCAUAAAAUUCUGCUGUGUCACAGCCUCCCAAGAGUCUGCUCAAGAGUUAAAAAUCAUUGAUACCUGUUUCUGUCCCCACACUGCCACCGGUGCCUGGCUGUUCCCUCGCUGUCUGUCGUCAUUCCUCCUUGAGUGCGUCUCUUGCCAUCAAGUCACCUGAUGUCAUCAUUCCUGCCUUCUUUAUGGGUUGCCUUACACUCCCUUUACCUCCUGGUUCCUUUUGCUUGCUUUCAUGUGAACACGUCAUCAGCAGCUGUCAAUAAAGGCGCGCUCUUCCUGUACAUUGCUGCAGUAUUACGUGAAGCCACUUGUCUUUUAGGUUGUGUGUUGAGCCUUUAUUGUAUACAUAUGUGCAGUGCCUUGAUAAGGCUACCAACACACAUUUUGUGCAGAGUCUCUGAAAGAGUGAAGUGAGGCAACUCUAACCAAAGCUCACUUUUGUUUGUUUAACUUUAUAUGUUGCUUUAUUCUUUUCUGUAAUUAGUGUCUUUUAUUCAUUAGUGUUGGUGCAUUUGGAACAUGCUAUGUAUGGAAACUCACAUGACUGAUCUUGCCUUUGGGAGAUGAGGCAAAUAAAAUUAUUAGAAAAACAUGUCAA